AUGAGCCUCCUCAACAAGCCCAGUGAGAUGACCCCGGAGGAGCUGCAGAAGCGGGAGGAGGAGGAGUUUAACACAGGGCCACUCUCCGUGCUCACCCAGUCGGUCAAGAACAACACCCAAGUGCUCAUCAACUGCCACAACAGCAAGAAGCUCCUGGGCCGUGUGAAGGCCUUCGACAGGCACUGCAACAUGGUGCUGGAGAACAUGAAGGAGAUGUGGACCGAAGUCCCCAAGAGUGGCAAGGGCAAGAAGAAGUCCAAGCCAGUCAACAAGGACCGCUACAUCUCAAAACUGUUCCUGCGUGGGGACUCGGUCAUUGUGGUCCUGCGGAACCCGCUCAUUGCCGGCAAGUAGGGGACUCCUCCCUGCCGUCAGAACUUGCCCCCUCGUUUUGCGAAGACCUGCCCUUUGU